CGCCGAAGUCCAGAGAGCUGCUCGCAAAAUUCGUAACGGUUAACUUCUGGUGGAAGAGCAGCAGGACCCUCAGCACUGGGGCGAAGGGUAGACAAUGCAGCCGGGAAAACAAGUGUCAGUGCUAGGCGUACCUAAACUCUUCUGCUCUCACACAGUCUUCGCAGACAGGAUCACAACUGCAUCUGCCUUUCUUCAGGAAUACAGAGCCGAGAAAACAGAAGUUCUCAGUGAAGAUCUAUUACAGAUUGAGCGGCGCCUGGACACAGUGCGGUCAAUGUGCCACCAUUCCCACAAGCGCCUGAUGGCAUGCUUCCAGGGCCAGCAUGGCACUGAUGCUGAGAGGAGACAUAAAAAACUCCCUCUGACAGCUCUUGCUCAGAACAUGCAAGAAACAUCAACCCAGCUGGAAGAGUCUCUCCUGGGGAAGAUGCUGGAGAUGUGUGGAGAUGCUGAGAAUCAGCUGGCUCUUGAACUCUCUCAGCAUGAAGUCUUUGUUGAGAAAGAGAUUGUGGACCCACUGUGCAGCAUAGCAGAGGUGGAGAUUCCCAACAUCCAAAAGCAGAGGAAGCAGCUUGCUAAAUUGGUGCUAGACUGGGAUUCGGUCAGAGCCAGGUGGAACCAGGCUCACAAAUCUUCAGGAACCAACUUCCAGGGGCUUCCAUCAAAAAUAGAUACCCUAAAGGAAGAGAUGGAUGAAGCUGGAAAUAAAGUAGAACAGUGCAAGGAUCAACUUGCAGCAGAUAUGUACAACUUCAUGGCCAAAGAAGGGGAGUACGGCAAAUUCUUUGUUACGUUAUUAGAAGCCCAAGCAGAUUACCAUAGAAAGGCAUUAGCAGUCUUAGAAAAGGCCCUUCCCGAAAUGCGAGCCCAUCAAGAUAAGUGGGCGGAAAAGCCAGCCUUCGGGACUCCUUUGGAAGAACACCUGAAGCGGAGUGGGCGUGAGAUUGCACUUCCCAUUGAAGCCUGUGUCAUGCUGCUGCUGGGGACAGGCAUGAAGGAGGAGGGGCUUUUCCGAAUUGGGGCUGGGGCCUCCAAGCUAAAGAAACUGAAAGCUGCGUUAGACUGUUCUACUUCUCACCUGGAUGAGUUCUGUUCAGACCCCCACGCUGUAGCGGGUGCUUUAAAGUCCUAUUUACGGGAACUGCCUGAACCCCUGAUGACUUUUAAUCUGUAUGAAGAAUGGACACAAGUUGCAAGUGUGCAGGAUCAAGACAAAAAACUUCAAGAUUUAUGGAGAACGUGUCAGAAGUUGCCACCACAAAAUUUUGUUAACUUUAGAUAUUUAAUCAAGUUCCUUGCAAAGCUUGCUCAGACCAGUGACAUUAAUAAAAUGACUCCCAGCAACAUUGCAAUCGUGUUAGGCCCUAACUUACUGUGGGCCAAAAAUGAAGGAACACUAGCUGAAAUGGCAGCAGCCACAUCCGUCCACGUGGUUGCCGUGAUUGAGCCCAUCAUCCAGCACGCUGACUGGUUCUUCCCUGAAGAGGUGGAAUUUAAUGUAUCAGAAGCUUUUGUACCUCUCGUCACCCCAAAUUCCAAUCACUCAACCCAAACUGGAAAUGACUCUGACUCGGGGUCCCUGGAAAGGAAGCGACCUGCCAGCAUGGCGGUGAUGGAAGGGGACUUGGUGAAGAAGGAGAGCUUUGGUGUGAAGCUUAUGGACUUCCAGGCCCACCGGCGGGGUGGCACCCUAAAUAGAAAGCACAUUUCCCCUGCUUUCCAGCCACCACUCCCGCCCACAGAUGGCAGCACCUUGGCUCCAGCGGGCCCAGAGCCCCCUCCCCAGAGCUCUAGGGCUGAAAGCAGCACAGGGGGUGGGACUGUCCCCUCCUCUGCGGGCACACUGGAGCAGGGGCCAAGCCCGGGCGACAGUCCUCCAAAACCCAAGGACUCUUCAGCUGCAUCUGCUUCUGCACCCGGGAGAAACAACAGUCAAAUGGCCGCUGGCCAAAACCAGGCCCAGACAGUAGCCAGCUCCCAUCAGCUCUCUGUGGGCCAGGUGCACAAUUCCGCUGGCCCCAGCCCCCACGCUUUGCGCCGAGCUAUUAAAAAGCCUGCUCCAGCACCUCCGAAACCUGGAAACCUACCCCCUGGCCAUCCUGGGAGCCAGAAUUCUCCAGGAACGUCUCAGCAUCCACCCGGCCUGUCACCAAAGCCAUCUGCCCGAAGCCCUUCUCCUCCUUCUCAGCACCCAGGCCAGGCUCCAGGCCAGCCCUCUGCCCCCUCACAGCUCUCAGCACCCCGGAGAUACUCCAGCAGCCUCUCUCCCAUACAAGCGCCCAGUCACCCGCCGCCACAGCCCCCGAUGCAGGCCGUGCCUCUGGUGCAUGCCAAAGCGAGUGGCCAGGGCCAGCCUGCCCCCGGGGCUCUGCCCAGUGAGCAUGGACUUGAGCAGCCAUCUCACACCCCUCCCCAGACUCCAACGCCCCCCAGUACUCCACCCCUAGGGAAACAGAACUCCAGCCUGUCAGCUUCUCAGACCCAGGCGGCGAGUAACCCUGAGACUGCACAGGCACAUACUGGCACCUUGCCGAGGCCAAGACCAGUCCCGAAGCCCAGAAACCGACCCAGCGUGCCCCCGCCCCCUCAGCCUCCUGGUGCGUACUCAGCUGGGGACGGUGGCCUCACCAGCGCAGCUCCCACCGCUUCCAAAAUAGUAACGGACUCCAAUUCUAGGAUUUCAGACCCGCUUCGCAUCAUCUUUCCUGAACUGCAUUCGGACUCAGCAAGCAAAGACCUGCCUGGACACCUUCUGCUGGAAAUAGAUAAUGAUACUGAGAGUACCGCCCUGUGAAGACAACCCCCAGCCCUCGUCCCUCCCACUCUACUGAGUGGGAUGGGGGCAGGCAGACACUUCCCUUUGCAGACCAAACAGUGAGAAGCUUUGAGUGGAGGGCACAAGGCGGCCUUCCCACAGCCUGAGGAGCAAGUGGAGGCCGACACUUAAAGCUGAAUGACCUGUGUCUUGAAGGAGUCAGCUUUCUUUACAUGGGGCAGAAAUCACGCCAAAAGGUUUUAAAAAGAACAGAAAUAUGUAGCGUGGAAGAGAUUAUUAUUGCCGAGACAUGUAUAGGAAGCUUCUGCCGCUGCAGUUAAUGCAGGCGGCACCAGGGGCAAUUUGGACUGAGUGAGAAGCUCUGCGUCAACUAUCUACUUAAGAAAAUACACCCACUGUGCAAGCCGCCUACUUCCUGCUACUGGGACUUUCAUUUUACGUCAAGAGAGAGGAUCCUGUCCGCGGGCUCGCCGCAGAAUCAUUUUGUAUGAAGUAUGGUCGGUGUGUCCCCGACCCCCUCAGCCCCACGGGCGCUGAUGGUGACUGCUGGAUCUGUCACCUCAGCAAACGAUGUUGCUUGUGCCUUGGUGGAUUGCCAGGAUAUGGAAAGAAAUGUACUGGUUUUUUUUUUUAAACGAUGUAAUUGCUACUUGAUAAGGACCGAACAUUAUUCUAGUUUCAUGUUUAAUUUGAAUUAAAUAAAUUCUGUGGUUUAUAUGAAAA